AUGGCUGAAGAAAGCCAUAGAAAGUCCAUUGUGGAAGAUGUCUUCAUCCCCAAAGAACUACUCACGACUGCCAAAUUCAACUCGCCAUGGGAAUUGGCUCGAUGGGAACAGUCUCUCCCGGACAACAACCGUAUAUCACUUCCAGAGCCUCGCACCUCUUCCAAUCGUCCUCUGAGUCUUUCUGCUCUGCGAUCAGUGGCAAGACCAAAGUCUGCAAUUCGGUCUCGUGGACGCAGUGAUCCUCCUGCUUUUCAGGGUACAUUCGACUACUUUGAAAAGCCCGCCACGUUUGAGCCCCCCUCUCCAAUCCCCGAGAAAGGAAUAACACCAGUUCAGAAUGCAGUCCUCAGUGCUCAACCACCCAGUAAAACCAGCUCUCAAACAAUCAGCAGCGAGCAGAGUCACCUGCAAGAAGUCUAUGAAAAGGCCAAAUUGAGAGGCGUCGCUAUCCAACGAAAGCAUUGGGUGCGGUUAUUGUUUGAAUACACCAUCUAUGCAUUCCUCGUUCUGUUCGUUUACUUCGUCCUCGUUGGGAUGCCAUUGUGGAAAGGUGCUGUCUGGUGGUUGUAUUAUGUUGUCCGAACCAAGUUCGUUAUCCAAGGAGGAUAUGCAAUUAUCAUUGGUCUGGCUGCAUUAUAUGCAUUCUGUCCUCUUAUGAUCCUCUUCGAGAAAGAUCCUCCUGCCCCGGAGUCAGAAACCGAAUCUCCAGACCUGGAGAACAACAUCUCCAAGGUGAAAUCCACUGCUCUCCUCAUCCCCUGCUAUAAAUCAGCAUCAAUCGUCGGCGCAACCCUCGAAGCCGCCUUAAAAAUCUUCCCCAAAGAGAACAUCUUCGUCAUAGCAAAUGGCAACUCUAAAACUCCCCUCGACAACACAGAAGAAGUCUGCAAACCCUACGGUGUAAACCACCUCUGGGUACCCAUCGGCUCGAAGAUCGUGGCGCAGUUCGUUGGCUGCUAUGCAGCCAAAGACUUCGAAAAUGCCGUCCUAAUCGACGACGACUGUCUCCUCCCCCCAAACUUCCCAAUCGUCAGCGACAGACUCAAAAACAACGUCAAAUGCAUCGGAUACACAAUUAAAAGUGUCGGCCCCAAUUCCUCAAAGGGUACAUUCUGCCAACAAGCCCAGGACCUCGAGUACAAAAUGUCCGGUAUCCAACGUGCUUUCUUUGGGAAAUUCGGAAGCGCCACAUUCCCCCACGGAGCUAUCUCGCUCUGGAAUAUUGAGUUCCUAAAACAGACAUUCCAUGAACAUCCCGGUUUCUCUGUGUCAGAGGAUUGGUUCUUCGGUGAUGCGUGUCGGCGUCUGGGUGGACGCAUUACUAUGUGCUCGCAGGUCUUCGUCGAAACCGAGACGCCGGCUUCCGUGUUCUGGAGUGGUUCUGGUGGUAGUCGUGGCGGAUUCGGCGAGAUGACUAUCUUCCAACAGCGGUUUAAGCGGUGGAAUUUCUUCUUUGUGGUUGGUGUGUACUACGAUUUAAAGUAUAUCUUGACUAGCUGGAAGUUGGGUUGGUGGGAGUUUGGUGCAAAAUUGUGCGUUUUUCAAGAGGUCUACGAAACCCUCAUCUACCUCUUCGCCCCCUUCAUCCUCCCAAUCUCAUUCAUAGUCCGCCCCUCAUUCUGCGGAAUGCUACUCGGCGUCACGAUCGCGAUGUACAUCCUCAACGUGAUAAUCUUCAACGAGAUCCACCUCCGGUUAAAGAAAGAGCGCGUAGACUGGAAAGUCCUGUUGUUCUACUACACUUUCUACAAGAUCGCGCUGACGGUCGUCAACGUGUUCAGUUGCUACUGGUCGCUGUACAAGUAUGCGCGAUACUUUGCGCAGCGGCAUCCGAAGGUCAUUGAGGACCGGGAUGCAGUUGAGGUGAUUCUCAGUCUUGAAAAGGAGUCGAAUUCGAGGAGGACGUCGGUUGAGGAUGAUGUUAUUCCGCUUGAUGGUGCUCUGGGGAGAGGCGUCGGGAGGAAGUUAACGCUUACGAAGGUUCAGGCUGGGAAGAGGAAGAUGACGGAGGAGUCUGAAAAGGGUGGAUGGGUUUGA